CAUUUCAUCAUAGAUCAAACUGAUACUAAUAAUAGAAAAGAGUUUGGUACAGCUGUGUGCCUGUGUUUGGCUGGUUGACUUUUUUGUUUGGCUGUUUCUCCCUUUUAAAUUACAAGUAGUUUUAUUUGAUUAAUGGUUAGACAUCACUUUCAGUCUAAAAAUGGCUUCUUAAAUGCAUUUCAUAUUUCUGUGAGCUACUGAAAGUCAGUAUUUGCAUAGCAAUGCUUAAAUCAAACCUUUUAGGUGCAAUAGUUCUGUCCCACUUAAUUUCACCAUAGAUUUUCCUGUAGUGUAGUCAAAUACUGGAAUACAACAUUGUUUUAAACAUGCAGAAUUGCAUGGCCCCUCAGAUUUUACAUUUUUUAUAUUCAGAGUGGUUAUAUCUAUCCUAGCAUUUGCUAAUAUGUUACUAACCCAAUUGAUUAUGCACUUGAAAAGGAAUUCUGGAUGAUACUUCAAAUGUGGAUAGCAAGCAUCUCAAGAAGAAAGGUCCAUUUUGUGUGGAAAUAAGUGACUCUCAGAGGACUGUCCCAAUGACAGAGCUGUCUGCACAUUUACCCCAGUUUCAGCAUGGGCAGCUGACAGAAAACUUCCCUGAUACCCAUCUCAGCAACACCCAAGAGUCCAUGGCCUCUGCUCUGUUUAAUACUGAUCAGAAUGACAACAGUGAAAGACGUCGCCAUGAUAAUAGUGAGCGCCGAAGAAAUGACAAUGCCGAGUCUGAGACAAAUGGGCAGCCACAAAACAACAUUCAGCAGGUGGUGGAGCAAGAUGAAGAAGAAGAUGAAGAGCUAACACUGAAAUAUGGGGCAAAACAUGUGAUUAUGCUGUUUGUGCCUGUCACGCUUUGCAUGGUGGUUGUUGUUGCAACUAUCAAGUCUGUCAGCUUUUAUACACGCAAGGAUGGACAGCUCAUCUACACUCCUUUCACAGAAGAGACAGAGACAGUAGGACAGAGAGCCCUGAAUUCUAUUCUUAACGCAGCCAUCAUGAUCAGCGUUAUCAUUGUCAUGACCAUCCUCCUGGUUGUGCUUUACAAAUACAGGUGCUACAAGGUGAUCCAUGGUUGGCUUAUAAUUUCUUCUCUUUUGCUGCUUUUCUUUUUCUCAUUCAUCUACCUGGGUGAGGUUUUUAAGACAUACAAUGUUGCCAUGGACUACAUUACGGUUGCACUCAUGAUCUGGAACUUUGGUGUUGUGGGAAUGAUUUGUAUCCAUUGGAAGGGUCCUCUUCGGCUCCAGCAGGCAUAUCUCAUUAUGAUAAGUGCUCUCAUGGCCUUGGUGUUCAUUAAGUACCUUCCUGAAUGGACUGCAUGGCUCAUCCUGGCUGUCAUUUCAGUGUAUGAUUUGAUUGCUGUCCUGUGUCCUAAAGGUCCUCUUCGUAUGUUGGUUGAAACAGCUCAAGAGAGAAAUGAAACUCUCUUUCCAGCACUUAUUUACUCCUCAACAAUGAUAUGGCUUGUGAACAUGGCUGAGGAAGAUCCAGAAGCCCAACGGAAGUCCAAAAACUCCGCUUUUGGUAAGCAAGCUCCAGCAAGCCGGACCCAGAAUGAAGAUGCUGAAGCAGAUGAUGGUGGCUUUAGUCAGGAGUGGCAGCAACAGAGGGACAACAGAAUAGGACCCAUUGAAUCAACACCCGAGUCACGUGCUGCUGUGCAGGCUCUACCCAGUAACUCUCAAACAAGUGAAGACCCUGAAGAACGAGGAGUAAAGCUCGGUUUAGGAGACUUCAUUUUCUACAGUGUCCUCGUUGGCAAAGCCUCUGCAACAGCAAGUGGGGACUGGAAUACAACUUUAGCAUGUUUUGUAGCCAUAUUAAUUGGUUUGUGCCUUACACUUCUGCUUCUUGCCAUCUUUAAGAAGGCCUUACCAGCUCUUCCAAUCUCCAUAACAUUUGGGCUAGUUUUUUACUUUGCUACAGAUAACUUGGUGCAACCAUUUAUGGACCAGCUAGCAUUCCAUCAAUUUUAUAUCUAGCAGACAUGAUUCUGAAAUGGAUAUCUGUAGCAAAUCUGGGAGGAGGAAAAAUGGUUUUCCCUCAGCUCUCAAGGGAGACUGAAGACAAAUACUCAAGAUUCCAAGGCGGAAUCAUUGCAACUUCCUCCAAUGGUGGUUUUUGGUUUGGUUUUUUCCCUGAGACAACUGCUGCACUGGGCAUCGUAUGAUUUUUCCUGUGUGAAAGUGGCUUCUUCCUGAUGGCCAGUCUAAGCCAGGUGCUGUUAUAUCAGAGAUCAUCUGAUAUACAUAUCUCUGGUAAGGACCACCUGUGUGAAAAUUGCUAAUGCUUCCACCAGCAACAUGAUCUCUUACCACAGGCUGAUUGUUUUCACAGCGCUAAGGGUGCUCAGGACUUCCUUGUUGUUAACAGAGGAAGCUGACAAAUCCCAUGGAACUUGUCCCUGUAACCGCUUGAAGAGAGAGAGCCCAAUCUGGACUUCUUCAGCAGUGACAUUUUGACAGUGGAGUCCCGACUGUGUAAGGGGAAAGGACUUUGUAGCAACUCGACAAAGGGAGAAAGUACUGUCACUCUAAGAGUGCUCCAUGACUUCAUAGCCUCUGUGCCUGAGUGUGUUUGGUUUAGUAAAUCUAAAACUUUUUCUCUUUUCCCACACUGGAACUAGAACCUUUUUUCAGUUUUAAUACUUUGCUUUCUCAAGCAUGGAGUGCACCUUCUGUACACCUGCUCCUGUUUAUUUAGCUGCUUAGGCUUGGACUGAAUUAUUUGGCAGUAGAGGAUCAUAAGGUCCUGAUUUGGAUCCUACAUUCUAAAAGGUUAAUAAACUACAUUAAAAAGCAGUUUGGGGACUUACUCUUCGUGCUCUUGCAAAUAAUUUUGCUAGAACACCAUUUCAAACCCCACAUUUGAAAAUAGUCACUAACAGCACGGACUGCAUCACUGGUGGAUGUUCCUUCUUGUUGGCAUUCUUAUGAAACAAGUAGGUGUUUGCAGCAAUCCCAGAUGGAGUUUAGCUUGGCAGAUCUAGAGAUCAAAGUGUUAUUAGGAGCUCUUCUAUUGCAUCGUUGAAAUUCUUGGUCAUCAAAAACGUGGUUUAGAGUUCUGUUGAACUGCGUAUUGGUCACUCAGCUGUCUAACACCUCAGGGUGGCAAGGAUUUUUCUUGUGCAGUAUCUUUAUUGAUGAGGAUGCUUAAGUUACGUGAGAGAUUGCUUAAUGUCACUAAGGAGCAAAAUUCGUGACUCUCUUCACUUUAAUUACCUCUCUUGUGAGGAGCUGGUGAUUGGCAAAAUGAAAGACAAUUCAAUAUCACUGAAAAGAAGAUAGGAGAUUUUGAACUUCUUAUAAGAAGAGUCUGUUCAAACCUUAAAACUGCUAAACUGAUUUCUUCUUCAUUUGAAAGAACUCCUUUAUGAAUAAUGGCUUGGAAAUGAGACAAGUGAGAUGAAGGUGGUUUUGCCAUAAAUUCUUACUGUGUACAAGUAAUGUUUUUUCUUGGGAGCCAUAGGGAGUGGAUAGGCAUUCUAUUUUACUUGUAUCUUGAUACUGGAGUCCUUGCCAAGUAGAGCAACUGUCAAAAUCCUAACACUAGCUCCUUUUACCUUUUUUUCCUGGGGUUUUAUUUCAGUGCCUAUAGAUUCAUAGGACUGAAACAUCAGAGAUGCUCAUCAACCAUUGCCCAAGUAAAGAAAGAAAGACUGUGAUGUAUAAAUCUGCUUUAAAACCAAGAAAGGCAUUAUUUGAUUGUUCUUAGUAAUAUAUGUAUUUUCCAGUAUGACUUGUUAACUGUAGUGUUAGCAUUUACAUUUUCAUAAAAUACAUUGUCUUGUCUCAUCUGAAGUACUUUUAUUCAUCUCAUUUGUGUGCUGAUUCAUUGUGUAUAGCAUUAAUAAACCAACUAUAUCAAAAGUGCUUACAGUAACUUUUCAAGUUAAACUUGUUUGUGUUUUCUAGCUUAAAUUACUGUUCCAUAUUUUGUUGCAAUGAAGUCUGACUUAAAACAGGUUGGUUGGUGAGGGUUUUACAGAUUUCUGUUGUCACUUCUUGAUUAGUUUUUGUAUUUGGGUUUUUUUUUUUUAACAAGACUUUGUUUAUAUACCAUUGUAACUUGUUCUUUUCCUGAGCUAAAAUAAAUCCCUCAUGUGUUUUAUUGGGCAUCUCAGCUAUAGUUCCACUGUAUAGAACACGUUUGCUAGGAGUUUGCAUUGCUAGCAUUUGUGUAUCUGAGCUGGCUCUCAGUUAAGGGUUGUGACUUAAAUGCAGAAGUCAUCUCUCUUACUUCUUUUUUGGCUUGGAUAUGCACCAGGGGAACAUUACCUCCAUUAAGAGUGGCUUUAGAAUAUGUAGAAAUGUACAAAAGCUUUUUCACGUACUUGAAUGGAUGUUAGAUGUGCAACCCAAGGAAGAGCUCCUUCCAACACUAAACUGCCAGUCUUCCACUUUCCAGAGCUGCUUCUGUUACUCUGAAGUGUUAAUUUCUGAGCUAGUGUAGAGUUACAGUGGUAGAGACUAUAAAAUUUGUAUUCACAGAAGCUGCUCAAGUUUAUGUUUGAAUCUCAAAAUAGGUUUAGAAGGGCAAUUGCUUUUAUAAGUAGCUGUAUGUUAAAGUACACUGCUUAUUACCAGGUCUUAGGUACACCUUCAAAAACCAGAUGAAAUUUUCUAGAUUUGCCCUCUCAGGCCAAAUCAUGGUAGCUUAUGUUUCAGAUGAGGUCUUGCAGCUAAGGAUUAUCUCAGAACAGAGGUCCAAAUAAGGUUCAGUGGCCAAUAGGUUUUGUUUGCAUUUGGGUUGUUACUACACAAAUGUGAAGGUUGUGUCACUUUUCUUUGUCUUGAAACACCGAUCUAAUUUGAAGAUUCACCUCGGUUAGAUUGUUGUAACUGAAAGAUUUCUCAUAAGUAGUCUGCAUUUUAUAGAGAGUUUCCAUUAUUAUUAAAUUAGUAUGUUAAUGACAGCACAUUAGGCUGUAGCUCUGAAAGAACUAUGGUGUAAGCUGAGUAGAUUCAUCCCUUCUGUGCUCAGGCAGAUUGACUUGUAGCUGUUGUGUGGCUGUUCCAGUGUUCAUACUUCAAAACGGCUGUCACAGUAGCUUUCUUUCCCCAUUCAACUUAGAGCAAUAGGUCUCCUUCUUUAGCUAAGAUUCAAUUCAAUAUAUAAAUGAGAAGACAUAAUAGUUUUCCUAAAUUCCAGGCACUUGUGUUUGUCUCUUUUUUUUUUUUUUUUUUUUUCUUCCCUUCUAUGGGGGGAUUUAAUCCAGGGCAAAGAAAGAGACCCCUGGAAGUUGGUUUUACAGCAAAGGCUUAGGGUGCUGUUGUACCUGUGUGUGGCUAUUAUGGUCACACUCAAAUUCAAGUGUCAUCUGUGUGAGGUGCAUCCUGAAGGUGUAAGAAUGUAAUGCUGCAACACAUUCACGAUAGUUCUGGAUGGGUAGAUGAUGACUUCUUUGAGCCAAAAAAAUCAAGGGCUGUGCUCCACUAAAAAUGGCUGAUCUCCUCAAUGUACAAAGCAGACAUAGGCUAUUUCAGGCAUGGGAGGCUGGUGCUUCUCAGACAUACAGAUAUAUAUCUGUUCCUUUAGACAUACAGAUUCAUGGACUCUGGACCUGUAGAUGACAACUCUUCUGCCAUUAGUGUGGUCAAGGAUUAAAUAUGCAGAAGUGACUUUGGGGUUGAUGGUACUGUUCAACAAAACUUAGCAAAAUGCUUUAUUUCAAAAAUUACUUCUGACAGUGCUGUUGAAACAAGUUUAAUAGACUGUGGAACAUGUCUGCACUGUGAUUGCAUCUCAGUGGUAACUUGGUCAUUGGAAACGCUGAAACAUGAACUAGAAUGGAAUUCUUUUACACUCAAAGCAUUUGCUGUUUUCUUUUUUACAGACACUGGUUUGUACAUAACCUGAAUUAAAUGUGAAUGUUUUUUAAACAUCUUUCCGGUUCUUGGUAAGAUAUGGUUUUGAUAGAUUAUUGCAAAUUCUCCUGUAUUUGUCUAAUAAUUAAAAUAAAAGUUGCAUGGAUCCUGA